UCCGCUGGUGGUUCCCGAUCUGCUUUACAAAAGGUGUUUUCAAAAAGACUGCAAAGAAAACAAGAGAUUUUGGCUUGAAACACCGACCCGAAUUCACAUUCGAAGCUAAGGUUCCGAUAUUUGGCGGGAACGGUAAUGUGGGCGUGGAAACGAAAGUCUAGUUCUCUGGGCAAAGGUCAAAGACUGCAAAAUCUGCGCUUCCAGUUAGCGUUCUUCCAAGCCUGCAUCUGCCCAAGGAUUGAUUCCCCAAUGCUUAGAAUUUCUGUAGGAAAUAUAUAUUGUCUUGUUACAUGAUUUCCUUGCUGUUGUGAUAAAUGUAGAAUAGAAACAUAUUAUACCUUAAUAUUUGCUUGCAAGUAUAAUUGACCACAUAUGCGUGGGAGUUUUGCGUC